GCCCAAAAUGCGAUGAGGGUUCCGCCACCGAGCGAACAAGGAAAGGCGCAAAACCUAAAGCCGUCUAAUUUGCCUUUUUUUGUAACGAAGGGGAACUCCUUGAACGAGGACACCAUCCUUUUGAUGAACAGCCGGCUCUUUGUUGUUGAUAUUUGGAACGUGUGUGGAGGACGUGUUGAUGCAAUUGGUGGAAUUCGCAUGAAAGAUAAAA